AUAAAAAAUUGAUAGUGGAAAAAUUGGAGUGGGCCGAGUGGAAUUCUUAGCCUAUUGACAAAUUAAAUACAGAAAAGUGAGUAGUUCACCAGCCACGAAUAGAAUUCCUCUGGUCCAUGCAAAGUCAUCCUUCAAAUGGCAGUCAAACUCCCAGAUCUGAAGUUCAAGAAUGUGAUUUCUGAUGAAAGCAACAAAGAUGAAAAGAAGGAUAAUAAUGGAAAUGAAUUAAACAUUUCAUUGGAGAAAUUAAAUCUAGGUCCCAAGAAAAAACUGCUUGUGCUCUGUCUUGGUGGAUUAUUGGUACACAGAGUUUACAUAAAACAUUGGAGCACUGUUCAAAAAUUAAUCCCUGAUAUGCGUUACGGCAAAUUUCUUGUUUUCAAGAGGCCUUUCUGUACUGAUUUUAUGCAAUUCUGCCUUGAAAGAUUUGAAGUGGGUAUAUGGUCUUCUGCUACUGAGCGUAAUAUAGAUGCUCUUUUGAUCUCCAUCACUGGUAGUCCUCGAAUGAAAAACAAGUUGGCAUUUGUUUGGGGUCAAGAGGAAUGUAUAGAUUCUGGAUUUCACUGUUUAAGAAAGGUGGAAAAGCCCUUGUAUCUGAAGGAUUUGAAUCGACUGUGGGAAAAGAAGUACCUCGAUCUUCCCUGGCGUAGGGGACAAUAUUCAUCGUCGAAUACAUUGUUGAUUGAUGACGAACCCCAUACAUCUCUGCUGAAUCCUCCUAAUACAGCAAUAUUUCCGCGGCCAUACAAAAGGCAUGACAGCAAAGAUACAUUUUUAGGUACAAAUGGUUGGUUGCGUAGAUUUCUGCAAGGAGUCGCAGAUGCUGACGAUGUUCCUUCUUAUGUGGAAGAGCAUAGGUUCGGAUAUCCUCCAAUAACAUCUUCACAUUCUGACUGGAAUUAUUAUUCCAAGAUCGUUCGCGAAUUUGGCAAGGAAGAAAAAGAUGGUGAUACAAGUAAAGGUAAACCAGAAUGAUCAACUCAAGAAACUGCUGUAAAAAAUCUUACAGAAAUAAUUGAAUGCCCGUACUAUUUGCUGCCUUUUGGAUUUGAAGCUUGUUGUUUGAAAUGCUUAAGCUUUUAUAUUAAUCUUUCUUCAUUCAUGCAAGGAUCCAAAUA